AUGCAAUUCACCUACCUUUUUGCUCUCCUUGCCUUGGGAGGUGUCGCUAUUGCGGCCCCUGUUGCUGCUGAAGCUGAAGCCGCUGCUUCCCAGGGUGGUAUUGGUGAAGGAAGUGGACUUGGAUUCGGUAGCGGAAGUGGUCUUGGUAGUGGCAUCGGUGCCGGCGCUGGUAGUGGUAGCGGUAUUGGUGCUGGUGCUGGAGAGGGCAGCGGAGAAGGCUUCGGCCUGGGCGCUGGUCUGGGUGGCGGUAUUGGAAGCGGUAUUGGAAUCGGUAUCGGAGAGGGCUCUGGCUCGGGUGGUGGCCUUGGAUUUGGAGCUGGAUCUGGAUCUGGCAUUGGCAAGUAA